GAGAUGAGAGCGCCGCCUGCUGAUGAAGAAUGGUUGUACAUUAGCUUGAGAUGAAGCAGCUUUCACGGAAUCACCGGGAUACAGCAGCAGCAUCGCUCGCGAUUUCGCAGGGCCUUCGUUACCGUUAGUUGUUGAGAAUCAGAGGGAUCACAGAUGUAGCUAAAGGAGCAUUGCGUUGCCCCUGCUGGUCCCUGCACUGCAUGGCUUCACCAGCUGGUGUCUCUCAUCGUGUUUCCAUAACCCCAGUCCUGCACACCCUCAUGCUGGGGUCGCAGGCCUCUCACAGACGGACCAAUGACUGCCUGGAUUGUUCUGCCUGUCAGCCUGUCUGCCUUCUCCAUCACUGGGAUAUGGAUUGUGUAUGCCAUGGCAGUAAUGAACCACCACGUCUGUCCUGUUGAGAACUGGUCAUACAAUUUGACAUGUACAGAGGAAACAGCAAAGAGGGGCUUUCCAAAGACCUGCUGCACACUUCAAGACAUCCCGCUUAUCAGUAAAUGUGGUUGCUAUCCACCAGAGAGCUGUCUCUUCAGUUUGAUAGGCAAUGUUGGCGCCUUUAUGGUGGUCAUGGUGUGCAUGUUGCGCUAUGCUCAAGUGAUUGAACACAGCCACCACGGCUGGACCAACACAAGCGCUUUGGUGUCUGGGUGCAUUAAUGCCCUUGGCCUGGUCAUGGUGGGCAACUUUCAGGUCGAUCAUGCAAAGACUCUUCAUUAUGUGGGAGCCGGCGUGGCAUUUCCCGCAGGUCUGCUGUUCGUGUGUCUGCAGUGCGUUUUGACGUACCGAAUAGCAGAGACAGCGCUGGACUACUGGAUGGCUCAUGUGCGUGUCGCUCUCUCAGCUGGAGCUCUGAUAUCGCUUGUUCUCAGUGGAAUCUUCUUUGUCCACGAGAGCUUUAUGUUACAGCAUGCUGCGGCCAUCUGUGAAUGGGUCUUUACUGUGCUGGUCCUGGUGUACUAUGGCACCUUCACCUAUGAGUUUGGCACUGUCAACAGCGACACCAUAAUGGCAACCUUAAUGAAGCGCAGUCAACAUCACCAUCCGGGACCAGGGGUCAUCAUGGGGGGUAUCGGGAAAGGUGUUGCAAUGGGGUGUGGUGCCCGCAGCCUCAAGUCCCCUGGGGGCAGCAGCACCUCCACACACCUCAACUGUACACCGGAAAGCAUUGCCAUGCUUUAGGGCAUUAGCGAUACAGAAUUCUCUCAGACCUCAAAACUUGUCUCAGACAGACCUCUUUUCUCAUUUACACCUGCGACUCACGGAUUGGUUGAAAACUACAGCCCCGCUGACCAGCACAAAUGAAACCUGUGAAUCGGAAUGAAUUUACUGCAAUAAUUAAUCUCUAACGGUGCGUUCAAAUGCUGACAGCGAUAAAACCCCUGUAAUUCUGAAAGUCAUAGUGGGUAAUUCUUAAGAAAUCUAGAUUUUUUUUAAAUACUUGCAUCAACAAAUUUCCUUUUUAGGCAUUAAAAAUAAUGUCUUGCGUGUUUAAAAGCAUUCAUUUUUAACACUUUUUUUCAAAACAAGACCUUCAAAAUCUCAUUACUAUAACAGUCCAAAAAUGUCAAUAUCAUAGCAUGUUUUGCUAAAAAAAGAAAAGCCAUAAUGCCGAAGCAGAAUUUGUAUUAAUCUUACAUAAUUAGACAUUAAUGAAGUAUAUUCUUAUAUUUCUAUAUCAUUUUUUAAAUGUAAAAACUUACUAGUAUGGGUAAUGAUAAUCAAUAUUGUCAUACUGUAUACACAGUAUGGCAAGAGAAUAUUAAACUUGCUAGAGAUAUAUAAAGAAAUCUUUAAAUCUGGCAGAUACUUACAACAAAAUCGAGCUUAAUGGAUCUUUGUGUGUAAACAGUCCUUAAAAAUGUUAAGGAGGUGAGAACAUCAGUCAUAGACACCACUAUUCCUUCACUUUUGUUAGCAUGAACAUUCUGUCAGUUCGUCCAGUUAUUUUUUCCAGAAUAUUUUAAUUUCACUCUGUUUAAUUUACAUAUCAUGUACUCCGACAUGGCUAGACCUGUUACAGUGAUGACAUUUUCAGCAGAAAAUCAAAAUUCUGUUACACGUUCUGCUCAUGUUUCAUAAAUGAGGUCCAAUGAUUUGGAUCCCAUGGUGACUGAAAAAUCGCUGUUGGAGUAUACGCUUCUUAAAUCUGCUACAGAUCUGCCAGCAAUACCAAGACACUUUGCUAGACAAAGAAGAUAAAUGGCUAAAUUUAUCUAACCUUACUUCACCUGUCUAAUCUGUAGGAACUGUGAAUACAUCAUUGGUCAAGCCAUUACUGUAGCAAUACAGAUGUUAGUUCAGUUGCAACAGCCAUUGAUGCAAGUAGUUUGUGGCAAGUGCCAACUCUUCAGCGUCCAGCUGUACAGAAAAGAAAUGACAGUAAAAAACGAACAUUUAGGUUAAUCUCUGUAUAGAGAUUAUAGAGAUCUGUAUUUUAAAGCCAAUGUGGUAUCAUCCAAGUGCUACACAUUGUGCUUGAUCCAAAAACUGCCUGCACGAAUCUGUUGCAUCCCAGGGGUUCUGGAAAUGAGAUCUAUAGUAUUUUAAGACCAGGGCAAACCAAUAUUUGUUGUGUCCAGUCAUCUAUGUUAUGUUAUCCAUGAGCCAUUGUUCCUGGACUCACUAAAAUCAAGUGGUAGAAGAACGUACAGUAUAGAUGUCACAACACUCACAUCUUUUCCAUUUCAAAACAGCAAAUACUUGUGUAAAAAACAAUCUGCUAUAAAUGUAAUGUCAUUUGAGGAUUUGUAUUUUAAUGGUAAACCAAAUUUUUUUAUUUUACUGCUUCUGCAUUUACCACCAAAAAGUCAUUCACUAAGCACACUCCAGGUUUCAGGUCCAGUCUGUCAUUUACAGUAAUUGUCAUGAUGUCAGGAGGGAUGUCAGGAUAUUGAUAAAGGGUAUUGUUACUGUUUGAGUGCGGUUCACUUGACAUUGCGCCACUGUAGGGAAACUCCUUUUUAUCUUCAUGCUGAAACGUUAUUAAAUGAUGUACUGUAGGGGAAUAUUCAGUAUUCUGGUGAAAAUAAAUUGCCCCAUAACAUCAGGGAACCAAGGUUCCCAAGGAUUUAGAGAUUUAUUCAUUUAAACAUUUCCUUUAUGUAAAUGAUACAGAGCGAUUGUUACGAAGAGCUGCUUGUAAAUGAAUGUCUUUAGCUAAGCAAAUAAAAUAUGAGUACUGCACUGAGACAAGGGCCUAGUCAAUAAUACGAAAAGAAGACCACUUCGUAAAUAGCAUCGCACUGUUAACACUAUUCUUCAUAGACAUUGCAUCUUGUUAUAUAUGGAAUACUCGGAAUGUUGGAAAAUAUGUAGUGCACUAAGGGGGAAAAUAUUUUUUUUGAAUUUAGUGGUCCCGAAAUGUGAAAUCCUCUAUAAUAUGCUGUAUUUUGACUACACAGUAUUUUAGUUUCAAAAUAUUGCUCCUUCAAAAGCAGUAUGUGUUAUAUUAAUACACGUUAUAGAAACCAGUGAUGGUUGGUUAUGCGUUUUGUAUAUUAUAUUUUUUCUUUGUAAUGCAGACAAUGAAAUGGUGCAAUAUUCAACUUUGUUAAAGUACUUGCAAGCAGGUAUACCUCGAUCAGAAUCCUACUAAAAUCUUGAGAAAAUGUUGAGUUCCUGAAGGAGCUCAGAUAUACAGUAUAUUCAUGCAUUUUAACCGCAUUUAUUUAUGUUGUUUUAUGUUUUCUCCUGUGAUAGCUACGGCUUCAUAAUACUCAGACAACCACAUUACAGAGAUGCCACAAUCUUUUCUUUUGAGUUUUUCGAGUUAUGUGAUACAGAGGUGCCUUUCCUUAUGGUCCUUAAUGUAUCUGAGGCCCUUAUCACAAGUGGAUUUUUUCAGUCAUAAUGACAGAUUUUCUGAAACAUGAAAUGGAAGAUGAAAUUGAUCUUGUUACAGUUCACACCGCAACUUUCUGUUUUCUGUUAUAACCGAACAAUCUGCAUGUUUUCUUAUCUCUAACACAGGUUUGUUUUGUGAAAUAAAAUGUACCUGAUUUUCAUAGACACUGUUUGCUACAAAGGAUGUUUUCUGCAAGUUUCAAACUGUUUACAGCACAGUUGUAUCAUGUUUAAUAUAGAAUUUAGAUGACCAUUCAAAUAGCUUACUAUGUCUCUUGUCUAUAAGGGGCGAAAUAAACACAUUUUCA